CAAGUAGGAGAAAUUGAAAGGGUACAUAAUGAAGUCGUACUUUUUGGUCAUAAAGCAACACAACCACAUAAAUUUAGGAUUCCACAAUAUUCUACUUCAAACUUUGAUAAAUCUCCAUUUCAAAAACCAACUAGUGUUAUAUUGGAAGUUUAUGAUGAUAUGCCUCACGGUUGGCAGAGGUUUCCUUCUGCUGAACAAGCUCAGAUAUCAUUUCGUAGAACUUGCAAUUUCAUAAAAUAUGUUUCUCUAGUGGAAAGUGAUUUAUCAACUAAAACUUCAUUAUUUAAAGGUAUAAGGAUUAAUAGUAAAGGUGAAGAAAGACCUUUAGAACAAUAUGAUCUUGAUGUUUUAAAAUGGGAUAAAGUUG